AAUGGUGUUUCGCUUCAUAAUUCUGCGCUUAUUGAAUUUCUUCACAAAUGACCAAAAGUAGGGAUAGUACGAAUCUGGGAGAAGACGAUACAUCUGUCAUAACUAAGAAAUCAGAUAUAGGUCAGCAUUUUUUACGUGCUGCACGUGCUGGAAAUAUUCAAAAGGUUUUGAUACUCAUCAAUGAGCACAACGCAGAUGUACAUGCCUGUAAUGCAAAUGGGUUGAAUGCGCUUCAUUUAGCUUCAAAAGAAGGUCAUUCAGAAGUUGUACGUGAAUUAAUUGAACGUGGUGCAAAACCGAAUACUGCUACAAAAAAAGGGAAUACAGCUUUACAUAUUGCAAGUUUAGCUGGUCAAUUCGAAGUGGUUAAGUUAUUACUAGAGGCUGGAGCUGAAGUGAAUAUUCAAGCUCAGAAUGGUUUCACUCCAUUGUAUAUGGCUGCUCAAGAAAAUCAUUUGGAAGUUGUACGUCUACUAUUAGCCAAUGGUGCCAAUCCUGGUUUAACUACAGAUGAUGGUUUUACACCACUUGCUGUAGCUUUACAACAAGGUCAUGAUCGUGUAGUUGCUUUAUUAUUAGAAAGUGAUUCUCGUGGUAAAAUCUGUUUACCAGCUUUACAUAUUGCAUCUAAAAAGGAUGAUAUUAAAGCUGCCAAUUUAUUAUUAAAUAGCGAUGUCAAUGUAGAUCAUCAAUCAGCUAGUGGAUUCACUCCACUUCACAUCGCUGCACAUUAUGGUAAUGUGAAUAUGACUGAAUUAUUGAUAUCACGUGGUGCUAAUAUUAAUUUUCAAGCUAAAAACAAUAUAACUCCAUUGCAUGUAGCAUCUAAAUGGGGUAAUCAAGGUGUAGCUGAACGUUUAAUUACAGCUGGUGCGGAACUUGACUGUCGUACACGUGAUGGAUUGACACCAUUACACUGUGCUGCUAGAUCUGGACAUGAUACAGUUGUUCAAUUAUUAUUAAGUGCUGGAGCACAUAUCUCUGCUAAAACAAGGAGUGGUUUAAAUUCAUUACAUAUGGCCGCUCAAGGUGAUCAUGUAGAUACUGCACGUUUACUUUUACAACAUGGAGCACAAUCUGACGAUCCAACAAUUGACUUUUUAACCGCGUUACAUGUUGCUGCACAUUGUGGUAAUGUACGUGUAGCAAAAUUAUUACUUGAGCGUGGAUGUGAUGUCAAUGCAAGAGCAUUGAAUGGAUUUACACCUUUACAUAUCGCAUGUCAAAAAAAUCGAAUUAAAAUUGUUGAACUGUUAUUGAAAUAUAAUUGUUUGAUUCAAGCUACAACAGAGUCUGGUUUAACACCAUUACACGUUGCAUGUUUCAUGGGGCAUCUAAAUAUUGUCGUUUUAUUAUUACAACAUGGUGCUAAUGCAAAUGCACCAACUGUACGUUGUGAAACUAGUUUACACUUGGCAACACGUGCUGGACAAACUGAUGUAGCUCGUUUACUCUUACGUAAUGGUGCUCAAGUGGAUGUGAAAGCUAGAGGCAAUCAGACACCACUUCAUAUAGCAUCACGUAUUGGUAAUUUAGAAUUAGUCACUUUACUAUUGGAAUAUGCUGCUAAUGUACAGUGUUCAACCAAAGAUACUUAUGCAGCAUUACAUUUAGCUGCAAAAGGUAAUCAUAAAGAGAUAUGUGAAUUAUUAUUAAAAAAUGGAGCAGAAUUAGAAAUAACAACGAAGUCUGGUUUCACUCCAUUACACUUAGCUGUGAAACAUUCGCAUUUAGAAACAGCUAAAUUUUUACUUUUAUCCGGUGCUGAUAUGAAUGCAGUUGGACGUAAUGGUUUAACACCAUUACAUUUGGCUACACAUUACGGAUGUUUACCUAUGGUUGAAUUAUUACUUGAACAUAAAGCAUCUCCAGUUUCACAAGCUAAAAAUGGUUUUAUUCCAUUGCAUAUUGCCGCAGAAAAACAUUUAGUGGAUAUUGGCAAAUUAUUAAUUGAAGCUACUGUUGACAGUAAUAAUAAGAAUAAGAAAAAUACUAAUGAUAAUGGCGGUUGUGGUGUCGAUGGUGGUUGUUGUAGUAUACAAUCACGUAAUGGUUUCACUCCGUUACAUUUAGCUUGUCAAGAUGGAAAUGAGAAAAUGACUAAAUUACUAAUUGAUUCUGGAUCUAAAGUAAAUGCUUUAGCGAAAAAUGGCCUUACAGCAAUGCAUUUAGCAGCACAAGAGGAUAGUGUUAAAGCUGCAGAAUUAUUAUUUAACGCUGGUUCUGAGUUAGAUUUGAAAACAAAAGCAGGAUAUACUCCUUUACAUACAGCUUGCCAUUUUGGUCAAGUAAAUAUGGUUCGAUUUUUACUUGGCAAAGGUGCUGAUGUGAAUGCUAUAACAUGUAUGGGAUCAAAUGCUUUACAUUUAGCUGCACAACAAGGUCAUUCGACAGUUAUUUACAUUUUAUUAGAAAGUGGCGCUAAUCCAAAUAUGCGUAACAAGUAUGGUUGGACACCAGCUCAUGUUGCUCGUCAUCAACAUUAUUUAAAUAUAUUUGAAGCAUUACGUCAGGUAACUACAUGUGUAGAAUCAUGGGAGCAUGAAAAUACUGAUGAAUUGCCAAUGAAUGCAGAAUUGGCAUCAUCUAUAUCAUCUGGUCCAGAGUAUCAUAAUUCUUCUUUGAGUAGACAACAACAUAUCUCUGCUAAUCGACUUGGCCUUGAACAUCCAGACAUGAUGAGAGAUAAUCCAAUUACAGAUACUGAAGAAGAAUGUAUUGAACCGGAUUUCACAAUUAUGCCAUCAUCACCAUUAUUUUCACGUGCACAAAGUAGACAGAGUCUUAGUCAACAAAUACACAUACAACCACAACAACAACAACAAUAUGUUCAACAUCAUCCACAAUCUCAUCACAAAUCAGAUAACAAACAUUCUGAUGAACAACAGCAUUAUGGUCAUCGUAGUGGUGGUGUGAAUCACGUUAAAAUAGCUCCAGAUAAAUUAUCAAAUGUAUCAGGUGAAGAUAGUAUACAUGAAGGCACAACAGCCGAAAAUGCUCACGCACUGAAUUGGCGUGAUGGACAUUUAAAUUAUGGUACCAGGGAAGUUGGAUUGUCUGAAACUCGAAUAAGUCGAGAUUAUGCUGAACUCGGUAUGGCAGGUGCUCCAAGUUUAAUAGGGUUUUCCGGACUAGUCGAAUGGGAUUUCACCCCAGACAAUGUACCGAUUCCUCGAAGACCUAUAGCUUCAGGGUGAGUACAGUAAUCUUUAUUUUAUUUUCAUUGUUAUAAACAGAACAACACUAUCCAACACUUCAAAUGUUAUAUGAUAGUCGUUUCUUGUCAUACAGUUGUCAUUAUUUUUCUAUAGUUUUAAACUUCUAGUUUCAGAAUUGUUAAGCAUGUUUUCUGUCCUAAUUCUAUUUUUAAUAUCAAAGCAUCCGUUUCAAUAGUUAAUCUUACAACAUUAGAAGAACCUGUUUAUUUUAAAGUCACAAUAGAAAACUCCCAAAUUUUCUUUCUUUUUACCAAAGGAAAGUUUCCACCUAAAGAAUUCAUAUAAUUUUUUUUUCAAAUCUCAUUAAUUUUGAAUUAAGAAAAGUUUUAUUGUCAUAUUUACUUUCUCUCUAAGGUCAUCUCAAGGUUACUUCUAUAACCGGCACUCAUUUUAACCAAUUAUCAUAUAGAAUUUUUCACCUUGAAAUUGUUUUAUUCACGCCCACAAUAUGACUUUAUGAAAAUGUUUAUGAUUGGUAUAUAGAUAACUGAGAUACACUAAUAAAAUACAUGCCAGAAAGAAAACCUUUCACAGUACUCUUUGUGAUUCUAAAUUGCCAUUUGGGAAUAUGUUUGUUUUGAAUCAUGAUUGUUCUCAAAUAAAUUACGAACAUUUCGAUAAGGAACAACAGGAAAAUAAAGAUGAAUCAUUUUUAUACCCGAUUGUUCGUGAACGCUUUCUUGUAUCAUUUUUGGUGGAUGCACGUGGUGGAUCGAUGCGUGGUAGUCGUCAUCCAGGUCUACGAAUUUUAGUCCCACCAAGUGCAGCAAGUGCACCAACACGUAUUACCUGCCGUAUGUUACGACCUGAACGUACAGCUCGACCACCUCAAUUGAAUGAUUGUGAAGGAUUAGCUUGUCGUAUCAUUGAGUUAGGACCGCAUCCAUGUCGUUUCAAUUCACCAGUUGUGUUAGAAAUUCCACAUUUUGCUUCAUUACGUGGUCGUCAACGUGAACUCGUUGUAUUACGUAGUGAUAAUGCUGAAAUAUGGCGUGAACAUUCACUAGAAGCUACAGAUCAAGCAGUUCAGUCAGCUGUAGGUCAAAGUUUCGAUACGUUAGAGACGCUGGAAGAACUUCGUGCGAAACGUAUUAUUCGUAUAUUGACUAAUGAUUUUCCACAAUAUAUGGCAGUUGUUAGUAGAAUACGCCAAGAAUCAUCUUUAGUUGGUUCAGAUGGUGGUGUUCUUAGUUCAACAGUUGUUCCACAAGUUCAAGCUGUAUUCCCAGAAGGUGCACUACAGAAAAGAAUCCGUGUCGGUUUACAAGCUCAGCCAAUCGCUCCAGAGUUAGUUACACGAUUAUUUGGUAAUCGUGUUACAGUCUCGCCAAUUGUCACAUUAGAACCACGUCGUCGUAAAUUUCAUAAACCAAUCACCUUAACUAUACCAUUACCGAAAGCUGUUGUUCGUGGUAUGCUGAAUCCAUCGGUGAAUGAUUUAAAAUCACAAAAUGUACCGAGUUUACGAUUGUUGUGCAGUAUUACCGGCGGUACAGCGCCAGCACAAUGGGAAGAUAUUACUGGAUCUACACCAUUGUCUAAAGUGAAAGAUUGUAUCUCCUUCACUACAACAGUUUCAGCGAGAUUUUGGCUAAUGGAUUGUUCAGCUGUACAUGAAGCUGCAGAAUUUGCAAGUAUGCUGUAUGCCGAAGCCACAUUAGUUCCAUAUAUGGGUAAAUUUGUUGUAUUUACCAAACGUUUGGAUAUGGAUGAAGCAUUAGUUCGAUGUUUCUGUGUCACAGAUGAUAAAGUAGACAAGACAUUGGAAUGUCAAGAAGGUUUUGAAUUGUGUGCUGCUUCACCAGAAGUUGAAAUAAUUGAAAGUCGACCAGUUUGGCUGGAAACAGCUGGUAAUUUAUUACCUGUAGCAAAAUUAAGUGAACAAUUACGUUUACAUUUCAAUGCAUUCCAUGAGAAUAGACUUGCAUUUCCAGUACGUGUAAAAGAUCUUCAACAAGAAGCUAUUAGUAAAUUAGCAUUUAUGCGUGAACCACGACAACCAAUUCGAGAUGGAGAUGGUGAUUCACAAUAUAUCUAUCAUGAAAUAACUCCUGUUCAAAAACCAUUAUGUACAUUAGAAAUUCGACUUAGUUCAGAUAAUGGUGUUAAUGGUCAACAUGGUCUUGAUCUUUCAUUGAUUGGUUUAGAAAAUCAUCCAGAAUUUUUAGAUCAAUUAAAUGAAACUAGUGCAGCUGAAUUAACAAUGGGUUCAUUAAGUUGUGUAUUCCCAUAUCCUAAACGUGUUAUUAACGAUGAACAAAUUGUUAAUGGACAAAAUAAUGAAAUUAAUAAACCUAUUGGUGGUAAUUUGGCAUCAACUUAUACAUCAGAUGUAAUUGCUCGUAGUCAAAUUGAUUUACUGCAAGUUGCUAGUGAAAUUGGCUCAGAUUGGCCUAAACUAAUCGAAUUCCUCUUACCUCAGUCUCAUUUAAAUAGUUCAUGUACUGUGAAUCAAUUAGUUAAUUGGAUUAAUGAAAAUGAACCAAAAUGGCAAAUUAAAAGAAAUCAGUUAGCUAUGGAAAUGGGUAAAAUAACAGGAGAAAAUGACGGAGGUGAUGUAGUUGGUAGUUUUGGUGGUCCAAUUAGUGUAAAUGAAUUACGUACAAUACAAGAUCAAGCAUUAGCGGUACUAUUGGCAUGGCGUGAAGAAAAUGGAGAUUCAGCCACAGGUAAUGAAUUAGAUUAUGCGCUUCGUCAAAUUGGCCGUGAAGAUGUCAUUAAAUCAUGUAUGCGUGAUAUUUGUUAUGUACUUGAUGCUGAUGAACAUGCAAAGGCUACGCGUCAAAUAGAUGAAGGUAAACGUUCAGAUCCUGUGAAUCCUAAUUUGUCAGAUCCUUUCUCAACUUCUCUAGCAGCAACAUCAACUUUAAUGUCUGGCAUGAAUGACAUAACAGCUAAUGAUGUUGGUGAUCAGUCUAUGAUUGGCUUUGAUAGAAUAGAUGCAUUAAAACAUCCAGAUGUAAGGAUUACUCCGAUGCCAGAUGAAUCAGAGCUGAUUCCUCAAACUCAUCUUGGCCUAGAUAGUCAAAGUCCAAGAAAAUCCGAUGUCAUUAUUCAUGGUAGUGGUGAUGAAGAAGAAGAGGGACGACCUUCUCCUGCUUCACAACAAGGUCAGACUGAAGUAGAAGAAGACAAUGAAGAGUUUUGGCAACAACAACAACAUCAAGCAGGAAUUGAACCAGCUUGUUCAACUAGUCAACAAGGUGGUGAUCCAAUGGUUGUACAGAAACAUGAUGAAAUAAUAGUACAAGAAGAAGCAGAUAUAAUUCGCGACAGUGAAUCAAUGAGCAGUUCUGAAUUGAUUGCAUCUACUUUACAAGGUUCUCAACAAGAGAUCUAUGAUACAGAUGCGAAAAUUGCAGGCACAUUAAAGUUAGAAGGUGAAGUUGAAGAAGAUGCACUUCAGAGUCAACGACAGCUGGAAAAUAUUUCAGGUCAUCAUAGAGAAGCGGACUUAUUAUCACCUACACAAAUUCAUCAAGAAGAACAUAGUAUUACUAGUUUAUCAGAGGAUAAUAACGGUGAUGCUGGUUUAAAACAGUUAACAAGUGCCAAUAAUACCAACACUAAUGAUAUAACAACUUCAACUAGAUCACAACCUACUAGUGAACAUCGUUGGGAUCAAGAAGAUGAUCUAUCAGAUAUUGUUUUACAAGACGAAACUGAUAAAAUGAGUGAAACCGAUAUUCAGUCGUCACAUGAAGUGACGAAUAAUGAAACACCAGAUGUAGAUAUAAGACAUGCUCAUCAUGUUGGCUAUACAUCAGAUCAACCGAUAGAUAAUAAUAAUAGUAGUAUAAUGCAAAAUCUUGAAGCAUAUAAUGAACAAGAUGUUAUUGGUGAUAAUGAAUUGGAUGUUAUGGAAUCAUCAAGACAACGACAAGAUAAUUCUAAUGAAUAUCAACAACAACAACCUUCAAUCGUUGCUUCAUCAAAUGCACAUCAUGGUCUUGCAUCUAUUCCACAUAAUGAAGAUGGUGGCAAUUCUGUUGAAUAGAAAAAAUUGUUUAGAAAAAAGAAAUACAGAACAAUAGUAACAACAAAAUAAACGAAACAUCUCGAAGAGAAAAUCCGGUUUCAUGUAGUUGUUAUUUGCCAUGCUUUUUUGUGUAGAUUUUGUUUUAUAUUCGUUAUCACUUUAAUUGUUUUCUUCUUUAUAAUAAGAACAAUAAGAAUGUGGGUUAAUGAUGAGAGGGCAUUAGGGAGAAAAGCUAUUCAUUGCAGUAUUGUUGUCUAUCUUUCUUUUUAUUUUCCACAUUCUCUCAUAUGCACAAACUUCGCUAUGCCUUAUCUAGUCAUUAAAAAAAAAACAACACAGCAUCGAUGUUCGUUUCACAUGUGUUGUACACUUGCACACUUGCACACACACACACACCAUCACCCGUUCCUCUUUCGUUGUACUCCUUCAAUGUUCGACUUACCAUAUUCUAUAUAUUGCUUGAUUUCUUUUUUUUGACUACAUCUCGCAAUACAAUACAAUGUUUUAUGCAAGUCAUAAUAAUAAAUAAUUAUGUAAUUUUAAUUUCUAUGUAUUAUUUUUUUGUUUCUAUUUUAAUUGAUUAAAUGGUUACACUCUUUACUGCUAUUUGGAUUUUAGUUAUUGUUAUUUGAAGAGAUAAUUCAAGGUGGAAACCUUUCAAAGAAUAUACAGUAACGAGAAAACAUACACACACACACACACACUGAGAAGAAUCAUUACAAUUCAAUAAACAUACAAAGUUUCCCUAUUACUAUUUUGUUUGUUUGUUUGUUUUCUUUUGAUGUAACACGAGAUUUUCGUUUGUUUUCAUCCGAAACGAUGAUUUUAUGUUUGAAUGUAGAGAAUUUUCUAUUGAAUGUUAAUCUGAUCUUUCGAUAUAUGGGUGUGUUGUUGUUUUUCCUUCAGUGCUACAGGAUACUUUAGUUCGUUAUUCUCUUUACUUCUCUGGUUCUAUCAUACAACAAUCUUUAUGUUAUUUUCAAUUGUUUGUUAGCAAUAUACAAAUAAAUAAUGCUUGAAUAAUAAUGAUUAUAUAGUGACAUGUUUAUUAGUUAACUGUUAUAAUUGAAUACUAUUAGUACUACUACAGCACUACUGCUGUAUUAUCCUUAACAGUAAUAAUAAUAAUAGUAAUAGUUAGAAUUGAGUACUGAGAAUUUUUCCAGUAUUCUUUUUCAAUUCAUUAAUAGAGUCUGAUCUAUAUGCUUAAAUAUAAAUUAGAUUUACUAUGAAUGUUCAUUAUUGAUUAUUGUCACCGCCAUUAUCAUAUUCGCCGACCUCAUCCUCAAUAUUAUUAUUAUUAUUUCGAUAGGCUUUCUCUACUAAAUUCUAAAGUACUGUUUACUCUAUCUAUGACCGUUUUACGCCUCCUCCUCACCAUUAUUAUUACUAUUAUUAUUAUUAUUAUUAUUAUUAUUGUCGCCACCGUCAUCAUCAUUGAAUAUUAAUCUUAGUAACAUGUGACAGUCAUAAUAAUGAUCGUGUUUAUUAUUGUGCUAUUGAACAAUGAAUUACUGAUUAUAUUGUUAUUUUUCCAUUGCAUUGUCUGUUCUUUCUGUUACUUAAUUACAUUUUUUUCUCUCCGAAAAAUCAAAUGUAUGUUUCUUCGGUUUUUAUUUCUACCUUAAAAUAACCUCCUGUCUUGUUUUAUGUGAAUGCUGUGAGUGCGUGUGUUUAUGUUAAUUUAUUUUCCUGCUUUUCUACAAGGAUAAAAUGACCAGCUAGUUAAGUAAAACUAUUGUACACAUCCUCACAUUAUGAAUAUUAUUGUUUCAUUGAGGUGCAUCUUCAUCAGUUUAUUGUAUUCUCGAAUAACGAAUAUAAAAAUACCAGUGUAUGUGUUUCCGUGUUUUUAACCACGUUCAUUUGAACAUUUGUUCAUUUUUAUGAGAUCAACUGAACAAAAGUUUUAAUCUUUUGAUUUUACUCAAUGUAAAUGAACCCAAGUUGAACAACAGAUAGAAAUUAGGAAGCACGGAAUAGCCGUUUAAUCCUGGUAUGUGGCUCCUCGAGAAUGUACAUGCGCAACCACACUAGGAAUCAAAUGUAGAUUUUUCGGUCUCAUGAAUCAGCUUCUAACUCUAUACAACUGAUGUACAUGUCUAACUUCAACCUAUCCGGGAUAGUUUCGCAACCAACUUCCAUUAUCUUCCGGGGGAUAACUGGUUAACAUCUUACAUAAUUGAACUCCACUGGUGAUGGUUUUCUGGUUUUGCAAUGGAUAUAAAACUUGGGUUGGUUAAUGAUGUCAGGAAUAUUUAAUAAUCUUUAUAAGCCUCUGUACUGACGAUCAAUAAAUCAUUUAAGGAAGAAAAAAGCAGGUGGGGGUGCGAAUGUAUAAAGAUGAGUGUAAACAGAAGAAAUUAUAAUUCGGACGUGUCAUGAGUAAAGUAGUAUUCAUCAAUCAGAUUGAUUGUUUGCUACCAUAUAUAUUAAACAGUGAUUGACGUUGGAAUUACACUACCAGAUAUCUCCCUAGUAAUUUUAUGAGUUAAAUGCUCGCCACAUGACCUGAAUGUCUUGGUUUAGACACCUGGUGGAAUAAUGGAUGCACAUUAUACGAUUAAAAUUACAUAUACCACCUUAACUCCUGAAUGACCAUAAUAGGAGGAAGUUCAACGUCUCUACAUUCUAAUAUGCUUUGUAUUAUGUUUAAACAUUGGUAACAACUUCUAAUUGACUCGUUAUCAAGCUUAAAGUCAUGCC